AAUGAGUAUAUGGAAGGAGCAUGGAAUUUUCUACAAGAAGUGAAGAAAAGGAAGCCAAAUGCCAACAAAUUUUUAUGUCCAUGUAAAGAUUGUAGAAACAUGGCACAUUGUGAUUUUCAAAUCAUAUAUGAGCACUUGGUCAUUAAGGGAAUGGACCCUACAUAUAACUUUUGGUACCAUCAUGGGGAAGUAUGUGAAGGAGAUGAAAUGGAGAAUGAAGUUGAUGAUAGUUUUAUGUGUGAAGCAACAAACUUCUAUGAGAGCACAUAUAUGGGAAAAGAGGACAUCAUUCAUGACUAUCUCUUUUGUCCCCGAUCGUGGUCAUGUAAGAGGAUUUGGGUUUGGUGUGACUCGUUCAAAACUAUCUCUUUUGUCUCAACAAGAUCACAAGUAUAAGGUUCUUGAAAAAGAAUAUUUGAAGAUGAAGGAAGAAAUGGUAGAAAUGAAAACAAUGAAAGAUGAAAUGAUCGAAAUGAAAGCACUUAUGUUAUCUUAUUUAAAGAAACAGACUGAACCAAGUGAGGAACUUUCAAAUGCUACUGCAAGUGUGCUUAAGCGACUAAAUAUUCCUUCAAUGCCUUCUCCAUCAGUAAAUUUAUUUGUAAUAGGAUGAAAAUUGUUUAUGAUGUCAUUAUCUUCUUAUUCUAUUAUCUCAUAUUUGUCU